CGGCGCGAGCACCGCGCAGAUGGCCGGGGCGAGCAGGGUCUGAGGCUCCGCUCCACGAAACGUGACCAUGUGGAUUCAACAGCUUUUAGGACUCAGCUCCAUGUCCAUCCGCUGGCCGGGCUACGCCCUUGGAAGCCAUGCUUGGAUACUUAUAGCCAUGUUUCAGCUCGCUGUGGAUUUCCCCACCUGCGAGUCCCUGGGCCCGGGCCCUGAAUUCCGGCUUCUGCCACGUCCCUCGCCCCGGCCCCCCCGGUUGUGGAGACUCAGAAGUGGACAGCCAGCGCGGAUCCCCAUGCCUGCCUGGAGCCCCCGGCCGCCUCGUGUGGAACAGCGGCUUCAUGGGCAGAUGCAGACAACCCGCACCAGGCGGGCUCACAGACCCAGGGAGCAAGUGGCCGCCCUUGUGCCCAAAGGUGGGCUUGCCAAACCCCCUGCUGCUGCCAAAUCCAGCCCUUCCCUGGCUGCCCCCUCCUCAUCCUCAUCCUCCUUAGCGGCUGGUGGGGCCCCCGAACAGCAGAGCCUCCUAAGGAGGGGGAAGCGGCACCUGCAGGGGGGCGGUUUCAGCAGCUUUCGCUUCAGAGGCGGCAGGCCCACCACAGAGACGGAGUUCAUUGCCUGGGGGCCCACGGGGGAUGAGGAAGCCCUGGAGUCCAACACUUUUCCGGGCAUUUAUGGUCCUACUACAGUCUCCAUCUUACAAACACGGAAGACAACUGUGGCUGCCACCACUACCACCACCACCACCGCAGCCACCUCCAUGACUCUGCAGACUAAGGGGUUCACUGAGUCCCUGGAUCCCCGGAAAAGGAUCCCCAUUGGGGUUAGCACAACAGAGCCUUCCACCAGUCCCAGCAACAAUGGGAAAGACAUCAAGCCCCCAAGGAUUCUGGGGGAGAGCUCAGGUUUGGCUGUGCAUCAGAUCAUCACCAUCACCGUCUCCCUCAUCAUGGUCAUAGCUGCUCUGAUCACAACUCUUGUCUUAAAAAAUUGCUGUGCCCAAAGUGGGAACACUCGUAGGAACAGCCACCAGCGGAAGAUCAACCAGCAGGAAGAGAGCUGCCAGAACCUGACCGACUUCACCCCAGCCCGGGUGCCCAGCAGUCUGGACAUCUUCACGGCCUAUAAUGAGACCCUGCAGUGCUCACACGAGUGUGUCAGGGCCUCAGUGCCCGUGUACACUGAUGAGACAUUGCACUCGACGGGGGAGUACAAAUCUACCUUUAAUGGAAACCGACCCUCCACUUCCGAUCGGCAUCUUAUUCCUGUGGCCUUUGUGUCUGAGAAAUGGUUUGAAAUCUCCUGCUGACUGGCCGAAGUCAUUUUUACCUCCUGGGGGCAGGGCAGACGCCAUGUGACUAUUUCAUGGAUUCCGUUGGUGAACCUGUAAAAACAAAACAAAACAAAAAACACAAAACCUAAAACUAAACUAUAUAAGGGGGAGGGUCCCCGCACCUACCACUUCUGUUUGCCGGUGGGAAACUCACAGAGCAGGACGCUCUAGGCCAAAUAUAUUUUUGUAAAAAUGCUCAUGCCUACGGGUGACUGCUUUCUCCCAGAGUUUUCUUUGGAGAACAGAAAGAAGAAAGACAAGGAAGAAACUGGAGACAGAGAGAAAAAGAGACCUAGCAAAAAGGACAGGAGGAUGCACCUGACGCCUGGGAUUUGUACUACGAUUCUGAACCUGUGCCAAUAAUACCAUUAUGUGCCAUGUACUGACCCGAAAGGCUCGGCCACAGAGCCGAAGCCCAGCAAAUCACGCGUAGAAAUCUUACAGAAAACAGGGGUGGGAAUCUCUUCCAAUAGAGUCACUAUUUCUGGUUAAUAUACAUAUAUAAAUAUAUAAAUACAAACAGACACACACACACUUUUUUUGUACUGUAGCAAUUUUUGAAGAUCCUAAAUGUUCCUUUUUAAAAAAAAUGAAAUUGUGUUAUAGGUUACAAAAUCUGAUUUAUUUAACAUGCUUAGUAUGAUCAGAAUAAACCAGUGUUUUCUACUUUGACAACUCAUAUCACACACAUUCUGCACAUGCCCACACACAUACACACAUACCUGCACACACAUACACACACACACACGCACACAUAUCUACACAUCUAUUGGAAAUACAAUUCCACAAGUGAGCAUAUUACUUCCGGUGACCUGGUAUUUCAUCACUGCUCAUCCCAAGAGACAGCCUUGACCCAGACAACAAGCCCUUGAGUGACACACCCUGCAUUUGCUAGAUAUUUGCCCCAUUUGGAUCAUUUCUUCCUCCUACUUCCCUGGAGAAACAAGAUGGUGGGUACUGGAGCCCAGGACAGGGUUACUCUCCAGUUAAAAUUACAUAAAUAGAAAGCAGAACAACAACAAAGCCUCAUGUGAACUACAAUGACCUUGUUGAUUAAGUUUACUUAACCAUUGAUGGAUAGAUCGACUAGAGAUGAAUGGGACUAAAAAUCAGUAUUCAGUCAUGUCAUACCUAUCUCUUCAAAUGUGAAUAAGCCCCAGACAGUGUUGCACUGCAUAUUGGAAGAAGUUCUAAAGGCCAUACAUUGAUGAUUUUUUUAAAGUCUUAACAUUUUUCUCAAAAGGAAUAAACAUUUACUGCAAAAUGUUUAGAAAACACCAAUAAGUAAGAAGAAGGGAAACAUCUGAAACCUUUCAGUCAUUGUUUAAUUUGUUGGAAAUUAUUCAUUAUUCAUUAAAGGCUGAAUGUGUGGGGACAAGUCAUAGCGAUCUCUCCAUGGUUAACAUAGGUGAUCAAUCUGGCUCCAAUGUGUGUUUUACAAAAAGUCGCAUCAGCUUUCAAAUACAUCCUUGGCAGUUUAACUUGUCAUUGACUAAACUUGUCAUUGCUCAUAGAGUGUCUAUGAUUAAGUGGAAAAGGCAGUCAACCAUUUGGAUGUUGGCUUUCACAUCAUCAAGCAUUGGCCAUUGGACACAUCUGGGCAUUGGGAUGGAAUAAACAAAAUAGAGAAACAUCCAAAUCCUUGACUGGAUUUUUCAUUUGGGAGCAUUUAUCUAAGAGUCACAGGUCUGAGAAACAGAAGGAUCCAUUUCCAUUUUGAUGCUCCUAGUGUGUUUGAAACAACACUUGAGUUUACCAGGUCUCAGCACCUAAAUUUAAAUGGAGCCCAUUUUUCCCUCCUCCACAUCAGCUCACACAUGGAACUAGAAACUCACAAACCAUGAACCUGAACCACAGGACAAGAAAUUAACCAACAAUGGCCACAGUGGCCUCUUUUAUCACAAGUUUUAAGUUGAAUGUUUCAGAACUUUAUUUUCCCCCUUUAUUCAUGUAUAGCAAAACUGGGUUUAUUUUGAUUUCCCUAAAUUAUUUUCUGAUACAAUAAACUGUUAACUGUUUAUUUAUACUUUUACA